AUGAAUAAUGUCGAUGGUUUGGGAAAUAGAAUUGCCAAGAAGGUAAUUGAUACGUUCAAUGAAUUGAAUAUCAAGUCAGGAAAGCCAGUAACACGGUCUAAUGGUGCACAAGAAUGGACAGUGUUAGCAAGUGUUGUUGCUAUUCUAGAUGAUUCGGAAAUCAAACCCAUCACGAUAACCACAGGAGUUAAAACGUUGCCCGAUAAAUUUAGAUCAUAUUCCAAUGGGAUGAUGGUACACGAUAUGCAUGCGGAAAUAUUAUCCAUUCGAUUGUUCAAUUUCUAUCUUCUUGAAAAGGAUUGUCCUUUGGUGGAUACAACUGGCGAUGUCUAUAAACUUCAAAACAACAUCAAACUUGCCCUCUUUAUUAGUGAACCUCCUUGUGGUGAUGCGUCAAUGAAUCAUAUAGCGUCAUCAAAAGACGAUAAUGAGCCAUGGAUACCUAGAAAAAGGCAAAAACUAAAUAGAGGACGGAAUAACUUUGGUGAGCUUGGGGUAGUUAGAACCAAACCAGGAAGAUCAGACAGUCUUCUUAGCUUAUCCAAAUCAUGUUCAGAUAAAUUAUGCCUAAAGCAAUUGACUGGUAUUUGUAGCACGAUCACAUCAAGCAUAUUUAAUGAUCCUAUCUACCUUGAUUACAUUGUGACAAAGAAUAUUGCUGAUGAAGAUUUUGAACGAUGUUUUAAAACAAGAUUUGAUUUACCCAAUGUACACCAUGUUAAACUAUUAACGUAUGAUUAUAAUGAGUAUCAUUUCGAGAAAAGUGAUGACAAAGUUGCGUCACCAUUGUCAUUGUUGUAUAUUGUUCCAACAAAGUUUACGCAGGUAUUAAAUAAUGGGGUUAAGAACGGUUCAUUUGUGAAAAAUAACCCUCCAAAAGCUGGUGGUGAAAGUGUCAUAAGCAAUCAAAGUAUGAUGAAAAGACUCUUGAGAAUAAAAAGCGUUGAUUUUCAUGAUUAUUUGACCUUCAAACAGUCAAAUAAGGAACGCCAAGAAUUGAAAAAAGUUGGACGUACGAAACUACGAGAUUGGAUAUGUACUAGUGAUGAUGAUUUCCAACUAUAG